AUGAAUCUAACAUUUUGGAAUGUCAGAGGACUAAAUAAGUCCUCUAAGCAACAGUUGGUAAAGCACCAUAUGUUGCAAUAUCAUGCUUCUUUCCUUUCUCUCCUGGAAACCAAGAUUAAGGGCUCAUUGCUACCUGUUGUGGCAAAGAAAAUAGCAAAUAGUUGGAGUUGGAUUUCUAAUGCAGGGGUGUCAGGUAAAGCCAGAAUUUUUAUUCUAUGGGAUACAAAAAUCUUGGAUGCUCAAGUCAUAGCUUCAUCUGAUCAACAUAUAACCUGCCUUGUAAAAUCCUUGGAUGAUUUACUGGAAUGUGUCAUAUCUUCUGUGUAUGGACAUAAUCAUGUAGAAGGCAGGAAGGCAUUAUGGACAGAUCUCAUGCAGAUUAAUCAUAAUAUUGGUGAUGUUCCUUGGUUACUAUGUGGGGAUUUCAAUGCUAUGAUCAACUGUGAUGAAAAGCUUGGAGGUUCUGCAUUAACUGAGGCUGAUACAGUUUACUCUAAACUGAAAAUGCUGAAGGUUGCUCUUAAGGGAUUAAAUAAGAAACAUUUCCACAACAUUAGUGAACAAGUCCAAAGGGCUAGGCUUACUCUAGAGAAUGUUCAGGAAAAACUUUAA